GCUCGACAUGUCAUUCAGAGGAAUCCGCCACCUGAAACGCGAGGAAGUGAAGGCGACUCAAUUGGGUAUAAAGCAUCAGCCAACAUCUGCCCCGAGCAGUGCAAAGCUGAUGAAAACAUCAGCUCGGAGCUCGUACAGGACCUCUGCGCUUUAUUUUAUUCUCUGUUUUAAUCUCUCCUCUUGGAUUUAUCAUUUGGUUUCACCGAGCCGGUGCACCCGGGGAGACUCAUCUCUUUUUGUGCAACUUCACACAAGAGUGUCUCCACACACAGCACUAUACUGGAAUUAACUCGUACCCACCGAGAUUUCGGGAGCGCACCUGUUACCUCCACGGAGAGCAGGAUCAUGAUCCCUCCGGGAGACUGCAUGUAUGCGGGCAGGAAGAGGAGGAAGCCCAUCCAAAAACAAAAGCCAUCCUCUGCCAAUGAGAAAACCAACCCGUCCAAGCGGCACAGAGACAGGCUGAACGCCGAGCUGGACCGGCUGGCCAGCCUGCUGCCGUUCCCCCCGGACGUCAUCUCCAAGCUGGACAAGCUGUCCGUGCUGCGUCUUGCCGUGUCCUACCUCCGCGUCAAGAGUUUCUUCCAAGAAAACAGGAGUUGCUGUUCUUCCACUGGCUCCUUCGCGAGCCAAGAGAAGACCUCCAGGAAGCAGCUCAUCAGCACAGCAUCCUCCAACCCUGAACCCAGGAAGGAGAGCCUUCCACUGGGCACCGCGGCCAGUGAGAGCGGCCUUCUGCUGGAGUCUCUGACAGGCUUUGCGUUGGUGGUGAGCAGUGACGGGAUGGUCUUUUACGCCUCCUCGACCAUCGUGGACUACCUGGGGUUCCAUCAGACAGACGUGAUGCACCAGAACGUGUUCGACUACAUCCACAUAGACGACCGUCAGGAGUUCAGACGUCAGCUGCACUGGGCCAUGUGUCCUCCCCACCAGGGGGCGUCUGCACACCAGGACGGCCAGAUACCUGCAGGGACAGGUGAAGAUUUUGUCGUGAGCAGUCUCUUCAAUUCUCCCGAGGCUGGGGGGGUUCCUCCUGAGCUCUCCUGCUUCCUCAACAGAUGUUUCAUCGCCAGAGUUCGAUGCCUGUUGGACAGCACCUCUGGGUUCCUGACGAUGCAGUUUCAGGGUCGUUUGAAGUUCCUCCACGGUCAGAAAAAGAAGUCAGCCUCCGGAGCUUUGGUUCCUCCUCAGCUGGCUCUCUUCUGCAUCGGUGUCCCCCUGCUGCUGCCCUCCAUCGCUGAGAUGAAGAUGAAGAACAUGCUGCUGAGGGGGAAGAACAAAGGAGGAGGGAUGAGCUCUGCACUGGAGCACGGCGAGCGAGGGGAGCACCUCCGCAGACACUCCUUCAGCGGCGGGAUGGGUGACAUCACAGACCCUCUCCUCCUCUCCUGUCCCACCCCCGGCGGUACCCAGCGAGGUCAUCACACCCCCUGGACCCCGCUCUCCAAAGACAACCUUAAGUACCGCCCCGACGGUUACUACAACCAGGAGGAGCCGCUCAACUACUGCAAGUCCUCCAUGGGCCCUCACAAAGGCAUGAGCCCGGGUCUGAGUGGCGGCUGGCCUCUGCGUCCAAACUCCGGUCCCCUCAGAGCGGGUCAGGGCGUCGGAUACAUCCCCUCAAACCGUCUGAAUAAAGUCAGCCCGUACGGGAAGCCGUACCGCCUCUCUCCGGGCUGCCACAGCGGCCGAGGCGCCGAGGUGUUUGUGUCGAAGCUUUAUGGGAAUGUCCAGAUCCCAUCAGAUCCCGAUGCAUACUGCGUGGACCUGGUGAAGAACGAGAACGGAUACGGGGAAUGCUACGAUGGACAUCUGAUGCCACCCAUUAAAGUGGAGCACGACUCGGACUCUGAGAACGGCUGCGACGCCUACGGGCAACCCUGGGCGGGCCGGGACCCAGAAACCAUCGACCGCCGCUACAUGAACGGGGUCUACGACCACACCACGGGCCUCCACCUGAAGUCCGAGGCCGAUUACUACGACCCUCAGUACUCACCCUGCCAGAGAGGGAAGGCAGGGAUCAGCCCGCCGUACAACAACGGCAACUAUCAGAACUAUGCAGUCAACAACAGUGGCAACAUGAGCAACCGUCUGUUGAAAUGUGACAAAGACUUGAGCAACAACAACAACAACAACAACAACAACGACAACAACGACACGUUCAGCCCUCAGAGACUCUCGCACUCUGACUCUCUGUGCAGCAACCAACCCGUCAACCUCAUGGACUCACACCUCUACCAGCAGGACCCGCACAAGGCCUACAUGCACCCGGACUACAACAAGCACGCCUCUUAUGAGUUCAAAGGUCACGGCCUGAUCCACUCAAUCAAACGGGAGCCCAUGGACUCCCCGCCGUGGUCGGAGAGCGCUCACGACAUCAGCCAGGCCAUGAUGGUCGGCCCGAGGAACAUUAUGCCGUGUGUGAUGAGCUCGGGACAUCACAAGUCCAACCCCUACAUUUACAUGCCCUAAGAGACGCACACGCACACGCACACACACACACUCUCUCUCUCUCUCUCUCACACACACACACACGCACACACACAAACACA